AUGAAUGGCCACAGUUCCUAUGCUAUCAGGAUUGUUAUACUUCUUAAAGGGGGCAAAAGGUAGCAAGAGAAAUGUCGAUAUUAUUUAUUUAGUAUUACAGGAAUUGGAGUUUGCUUAUCAAUAGGAGCAUUACCAAAUUAAGGAAAAAACGUAAAGAAAUAAAAAGAUGUAAUUAAACAGUUGCAUAAACAACCUGAAGAACAUAACCAUUUAAUUUGA